CAAAAUGGCGCCUGAUGUAACUCGGACUAUUUUCGUGGAUGUUAAAUGUUCUAAAUUUUUCUAAAUUUGAGGCGAAAUCAAGAACGUUUUUAAAUCAUUUGCGAGUGGCUGAACAAAUAUUUUAUGGGUGGUUGUGUAAAUAAUGUUCUCUGUGAUAUCAUGGAUAUGCUAUAGUGCUAACUAGUAACAACCAGGUUUAAAUGACUUAAGCUGUCUUUAUAGUUAUAUAACCGCUAUGAAUAUUUUAAGUAUUGUGUAAAUUUGCGUGUGUUCUUUUUUUUUCACCGACUGUAUGACAUGCGCACACAGAGCCCUGCAGCCGCCGCGACCCCACCACUGCCCAGACCGACACACGACCAGGACGGAGACCGACGGGCGUGCGAGCAGACGCGGGCAUAUGUGAGUGGAACGGCGGGGGAAGGUGGAAGCGGAGGGGACGUCGCUGCGGUGGUCGGUCGGACGCUUAAUCAUCUCAUUCAAUGACUACGGACAGCCAGGUGAAAGAUUUACAGCGAAUACGUCGUCACGCUGUCUGCUUCAUUUACAAGCGGUGCGAUCCAUCCAUCCAUCCUCCAUAGCCGAGCCAUGCCCCCCGCACCGAGCCUCCAAUCCAGUGGGCUGACUCUCUCCGAGACCAGCAUCGGUUCUUUUAAGCGGAGGAAGAGGAAAUCCAUCAUCGUCACGGUGAUGCUGCUGAUCGUGUCGGUGCUCAUACUCAUCUUCGGCCUGGCGGCGACGACCAGGACGCAGAACAUCACAGUGGGCGGCUACUACCCGGGACUCAUUCUGGGCUUUGGCUCUUUCCUGGGAAUCAUCGGCUCCCAUUUGGUAGAGAACAAGAGGCAGAUGCUCGUGGCUUCUAUUGUCUUCAUCAGCUUUGGAGUGGUGGCUGCAUUUUGCUGUGCUAUUGUCGACGGAGUUUUUGCAGCCAGGCACAUUGACCUGAGGCCUCUGUAUGCAGGACGCUGCGGCUACCUCUCAAGCGAGACUGCCUCCGAACGAGACGUGCCGUGCCAGACACCCUCCCGCAUGUCCUGUAACCUGCGCGUGAAGAGCAACACGUGCUACUGCUGCGACCUCUACAAUUGUGGCAAAGAGCAUCCUCAUAUGGGACUUCAGAGUAGAGAUUUGAAAAAGUUUAAGAAAUCGUCAAUGAUUUGGAACCGUGUGGACGUGGUCGGGGGCUACCACGAGUACACCGACGUGAAGAGCUGCCAGGACGUGGUGCACCUCUAUCACCUGCUCUGGUCGGCCACCAUCCUCAACAUCGUGGCUCUUUUCCUGGGCAUCAUCACUGCUGCGGUGCUGGGCGGCUUCAAAGACAUGGCACCUUCUCAAAACUCUGAGAGUACUUCUGAACCAGAGGCCAUCACAGCCACAGUGGCCCCAGAGGCCGCACCACGUACCAGCUCCGCCAGCUCCUACUACAACACUGCCCCCUGCCUGCCGCCAUACUCUGCCUAUGACGCACAGGGGGGUUCCUAUCUGUUCGCCGACUCCUCCGGCCUGUCAGACGACUCCCAGUCUGGGGUCAGUCACCUUUGGCCCACCAUGAUCCCCCCACGCUACUCCCCACCUCACAACCAUCCAGACGACAAGCCCCCGCCGUACAGCCCCUAAGCGCGGGGAGCAGGCGGUGCCCGUUAAUGUGAUGCCAUCCGACGGUGGCUAUCUCCAUGGAACCUGAGGUGGAGGACGGCGGCAACAACGUUUGAGUUCAAAGGCGCAAAAGAAGGUGCUUGGACGCUCGGCCUGAAGAGCUCCGGUGAACCCAGAAAGUUUACAACUUCUCUGCCUUAAUGCAAACACACUCUUCCCGCACUGCAGCGUUGGGUCGGCUGGCCUCCGACGGUACAUAUCUCAGCAUCCGCCAUGUUUCCGAGGUUCUAGGUGUGACGUGAAGUUAGCGGUUAGGCUUGUUUUAACGGUUCGAGUGUUGCAAACUAAAAUGCACAGGUAGCAGAAUGAUACAUAAGACCAGUGAUCCACGGGUAAGCGUUAUUUUUUUUUUUUUUAUUACCACCUUAAAGGCCUACUGAAACCCACUACUACCGACCACACAGUCUGAUAGUUUAUACAUCAAUCUUAACAUUGCAACACAUGCCAAUACGGCCGGGUUAGUUUAGUAAAUUGCAAUUUCAAAUUUCGUGCCGAAAUAUCCUGCUGAAACGUCGCGGUAUGAUGACGCGUGCGUGUGACGUCACGGAUUGUCGAGCACAUUUUGUUCCAGCAUCGUUCCCAGCUAUUAGCUCGUCUGUUUUCAUCACGAAAUUCCACAGUAUUCUGGACAUCUGUGUUGCUAAAUCUUUUGCAAUUUGUUCAAUGGACAAUGGAGACAUCAAAGAAGAAAGCUGUAGGUGGGAAGCGAUGUAUUGCGGCCGGCUUUAGCAACACAAACUCAGCCGGUGUUUCAUUGUUUACAUUCCCGAAAGAUGACAGUCAAGCUUUACUAUGGAACAGCUUUACUAUGGACGGCGUGGUGCAGUGGGGAGAGUGGCCGUGCGCAACCCGAGCGUCCCUGGUUCAAUUCCCACCUAGUACCAACCUCGUCACGUCCGUUGUGUCCUGAGCAAGACACUUCACCCUUGCUCCUGAUGGGUGCUGGUUGGCGCCUUGCAUGGCAGCUCCCUCCAUCAGUGUGUGAAUGUGUGUGUGAAUGGGUAAAUGUGGAAGUAGUGUCAAAGCGCUUUGAGUACCUUGAAGGUAGAAAAGCGCUAUACAAGUACAACCCAUUUAUCAUUUAACAGAGAUGUCAUGCGAACACGGUUGGAUUGGACCCCACACACAAAGUACAGUGUAUGAUGCAGCGAUCAUUUCGAAAGAUCGUGUUUCGAAGAGGGUCCCUUGCGAAGGGCAGAGAUGGGCAUCGCCACCACCCGUCGGCUGGUGCUGAAGAAAGGUGCGGGGCCGACCUUCAGGUUGUACAGGUACGACCAUAUAAUUUCACUAAAAGACUAAUAACACAAUAAGUAGAUAAGGGAUUUUCAAGAAUUAUCCUAGUAAAUGUGUCUAAUAACUUCUGAAUCGCUCUCACUGCUCUGUCUUUUUUUUUUUUUUCCUAGUCCUUCACUCUCACUAUCCUCAUCCACAAAUCUUUCAUCCUCGCUCAAAUUAAUGGGGAAAUCGUCGCUUUCUCGGUCCGAAUCGCUCUUGCUGCUGGUGGCCAUGAUUGUAAACAAUGUUCAGAUGUGAGGAGCUCCACAACCCGUGACAUCACGCGCACAUCAUCUGCUACUUCCGGUACAGGCAAGGCUUUUUAUUAGCGACCAAAAGUUGCGAACUUUAUCGUGGAUGUUCUCUACUAAAUCCUUUCAGCAAAAAUAUGGCAAUAUCGCGAAAUGAUCAAGUAUGACACAUAGAAUGGACCUGCUAUCCCCGUUUGAAUAAGAAAAUCUCAUUUCAGUAGGCCUUUAAAGGUCCAGUAUUAUACUAUUUUUCCAUUUUAAAUCACUCUGAGAGGUCCAACUAUAGCGUAUUGCAAUUGUGUCGGCAAAAAUCCAGCCUUGACGCCGGUAUUUAAAUUUGUGUUCAGUAAACCCUACAAAAACA